AUGGCUGGUUCAUAUCGGACUUUUACCUCUUUCACCAUCUCCUACGCCCUCGUGUUGUUGGAUGAGAUCUCCUCUGCGGGGAACUUGCGUGUUGUCGCCCGAAAGGACCUCCUUGAGAAAUUCCUCAACACCGUUCGCGAACAGGCCCUGAUUGCGGAACGCCAAAGCGAACAGCUAGUUAUUAUGAUAUUCGGCCAUGGAGAUGCCGAGAACUUUGGGGUCCUCGUUGGCGGCGAAGGGAAACCUCAGAGCGCUCCGCGACUCUUCAUGCGAAACAUCAGCAGAUUGCUUCCCAGCGAUGUGUCAGUAACUCUGCUGAUAACAUCCUGCUAUUCUGGAGGCUGGCUCGUCUGCCCGGAUCUCUCGAGAUCUUCGCGAUACCUCAAUGUGACCGGUAUUGCCGCCGCCGGAGAGGAGAACGAAUCCCACUCCUGGCCCGUUAGCAGAAGUAUAGGCCGUGUAAGCGGCAGCUUGGCCGCCUCUGCCAUUCUUGCGUCCCUGAUCAAGGUUGAAGAGGAGGUGUCAGAAGAGUUGCAAGAAAUCUCGCCACACCCAACAUACAUUGAAUUUAGCCAUUCAUUAUUUGAAGCCAUCAAGGCAAUGCACUUUUUCGGAGAGGAACAGAGGAUACACUUUAGCGCAGAAGACGACGAAUGGGAGAUGAAUUACCAGAGUCGUCUUGGGCUCCCGCUGGCAUCCUACAAGACUCGAUGGGAGUCCCUCCGAGCGAUCCCGACAACCGCACCCUCUGAAGGGGACGCAGGGGAAGCUCUUCUUCCAAGAACAGGAAAUGCACGACAAUGUGGACGGCUUCAGGUCCUGGCUCGAGAAUACUUUGCUGCGAAUCCCGGUCCAGACAAUGCUGGGCCCAAUGUAGCGUUUCACAACACGCUCAAAUUCAUUCUGCGCGGGAGAACCGAUUUCGCCAAAGAGGAACUCAGCAGUUUGUUUGACAUAGUGACAUACAGGCUUGGCUCCAUGCAUGAAGCCGACUACCUCCGGACGCAAAUGGAAAUUGAGUUUCCUUCAAUCUUCGACGUUGAUAUCUACGAAUGGAAGAAAGCGAACUGGCCUGAAUUCACUGCCCAAGACAGAGCGAAGAAAGAGCAGACUCAAUCGAAAAUUCGUCGUCUCAUACAGCAGAGGCGGCUCCUGACACGCCCCAUCGGGGGUGGCUUGUCAUACACAAAGCCCAUCAACUACCUCGCGCUUGCCCUCCUUGAGUCGGGGUUACCAUGGGAAGAAAUCGACAACAGAAUCAAAAAUGCCAGUCUACAGAAGGUGGCAUGGUACCGUUUGGUCUACAAGGCAUGGCGAGGGAAGGGUGUGGUUAAAAAUGAGGCGGUCAUUACCCGCCGACGGGCAUUUUUCGAAACGGUUAAGAGGAUGGGUUGGAAGAUCAUUGAGAGGAAUGAGUCAUGGUGA